CUCAGGUUAAAGUUUUUUCACACACUUAAGAAAAAAAUAAAACAGAAAAACAAAGAAAAAGAGGAAGUCUGAAGGAGUGAAGAGUGCAGAGAGAGGGAGUGAUGUCAGAGACGAAAGAGGAGCUUCAGCAAAUCAGACCACAGAUUCUUAGAGAGAAACGUACCAGUUUCCUCAUUCCUGUAUCUAGUGUAGACACAGACACACUUGACUCAUCCCACAUCACCUCAGUAGCAUCUCCUACUGCACCUCUAUCCGUCUGCACACAGACAUGCAGGCUGUUCUUCUGCUCUUACUGCUGGCUGGAGCCUCCAAAGGUCUGGACUCCAUCUGUGAUGUUACUCAGGAUGCUCCAUGUUAUGGGGCUCUGGGAGGACCUGUGUACCUGCAGCUGAUGAGGGACACCACAGGAUAUGAACUGAGGUUUCAUAAGGAACAUAAAACCGUUUUUAUACUCAGACGAUCCAAGACAGUGUUUGAUGAAGAGUUCAACACCCCAUCAUUUCGUCAGAGGUGGCAGUUUGUUCCUGAUAACGGGACCCUGAUUAUAAACCCUGCAGAGAGGAGAGACUCAGGAACAUACAGAGUGGAGAUCUAUGAGCAGUCAACAGGGAAGAGUGUGGGAGAUAACACAGUACAGCUGAUCAUUGAAGGUCUGGACUCCAUCUGUGAUGCUACUCAGGAUGCUGCAUGUUAUGGGGUUCUGGGAGGACCUGUGUAUCUGCAGCUGAUGAGGGACCCAAGUGGGCAUGAACUGAGCUUUCAUAACGAACAUAAGCCCAUUUUUAGACUCAGACGAUCCAAGACAGUGUUCUACGAUGAGUUCAACACCCCAUUAUUCCAUCAGAGGUGGCAGUUUGUUCGUGAUAACGGGACCCUGAUUAUUAACCCUGCAGAGAAGAGAGACGCAGGAACAUACAGAGUGCAGAUCCAUGAGGAGUCAACAGGGAAGAGUGUGGGAGAGCACACAGUACAGCUGAUCAUUGAAGCUCCUGUGUCUGUUGUGAAUCUGUCAAUCAGCUGCUCAGCCUAUGGGGAGAGGAGGGUGAGUUGCUCCUCCAAUGGGGAUGGUCUUCAAUACAGCUGGUCUGUGGAUGGAAGGCCUCUGAGUGAAAUCUCAACCAAUCAGAGUACAGAAAGUCAAACCAAGACCAAUAAGACAUCUCCAAACACACAGGAAGCAUCUCCCAGUGGUUCAACUGAAAGGCCGGAGUCUAGUCCUGAUCUUGACACUGAUCUCAGUUCAUCUACCCUCACACUCCCAGAGGGCAUUCAAGGACAUCUCACCUGCUCAGCCAGAAACAACAUCAGCAGCGCCAGUGAAACACAACUACUACCCUCUUGCAUAAGUGUGGGCUCCAUCUGUGAUGCUACUCAGACUGCUACAUGUUAUGGGGCUCUGGGAGGACCUGUGUAUCUGCAGCUGAUGAGGGACACCAGUGGGCAUGACCUGAGCUUUCGUAAUAACAAUGAAACCAUUUUUAGAUUCAGAGCAUCCAAGACAACAUUCAUUAAAGAGUUCAACACCCCAUCAUUCAUCCAGAGGUGGCAGUUUGUUCCUGAUAACGGGACCCUGAUCAUUAACCCUGCAGAGAGGACAGACGCAGGAACAUACAGAGUGGAGAUCCAUGAGGAUUCAACAGGAAAGAGUGUGGGAGAUCACACAGUACAGCUGAUCAUUGAAGAUGAGCGUAAGGACCAGGAAGUGGAUCUCACUCCGACCUCUAUGAGCCGCAGGAGGGGGAGGACACCAGAGGAGGUGCAGAUGCAGUGACUCCCCAUUGGCUCAGAUGGGGACACAACAAAUAAGGAGACACUUACAAAAGCACAUAUUAGAGAUGAAGAAUUUCUAUCCUGGUUCUUGACUGGAGAACAUCAGAGAAUCUGGCUUUGAUGAAGUAGUGGAAUCCUUAUUUCAUCACACACACGUCCCUGAAAAAGCUUUUGUGUUUAUUUUAUACACACACAGACACUCUCUCUCUCUCU